AUGGCGAACAUUCCCGUCAUCAUGUAUGCGUGCGAGCAAUUGCGCAUGCGCGAAACUCUUGUCCGCCCUUCGUUGUCCGACGAAAAUGUUUUCUCCUUUAAUUUUUAUUUCGUCUUUCUUUUUCUUUCUUUAUCUCGUUUAUUUCACUCAAUUCUUCAUUUUUUUUCUCUUCACUUUGCCUUAGUGUUUUUCUUUUCUGUAUUUUACACAAUUCUUUUACGCUUCCAAUCGAUUUCCAUUUCUUUCGCCUUUAUUUUUACACAUUAUUUCUCUCGUUUCGGCAUUUCUUUCUUUCUCUCUUUCUUUCUUUCUUUCUUUCUUUCUUUCUUUCUUUCUUUCCUUCCCAUUCUGUUUAUCUAUCUAUCUAUCUAUCUAUCUAUCUAUCUAUCUCAGUUUUUCCUUUACAUGUUUUUGUCUCUCUUUCUUUCCUCUUGUCUCAUUCAUUUCCCUAUCAGUAGUUUCAAUUUGAAAGUGUAUCUUCUUUUCCCGAGUUCUUUUUUUGCGCACGUUUUAUUCGUUCACUCAUUUCCACUUUAUUAUUUUUCUUUCUUUCUUUCUUUCUUUCUUUCUUUCUUUCUUUCUUCUGUUUCCUUCAUCCUUUCCUGUUUAUUUGAUCUUCAAAUCCUAUAA